CGCGCCGGAGCCGUUCCAAAUUGGAAUUCUGCCCGAUUUGAAUCGACGCGCGCGCGGCCGUUGGUGCCCGGUUUCCACGGUAACCAGGCCUGCCUACCUACCUACCCACCCAUCCUCCCUCUCUCCGUGCCGCCAAGUUGUGAAGAGACAUCUCCCCGGGGAACGUGUGGUGGGGGAAGGGGGUAAAGAAUCGCUAGACCUCUCGUCGCCCCGCGGUGCUCACGAUGAUCUUUGGCGGUUGAGGCUCGCAGAAAGGUGCAUUUUGUAAAAUCGAGUCCCGCUGAUUUUAGGCCCAGCCCAGCGCCGCCGGGGCACCGCGUCCGCCUGAGGGAAGAUUUUGUGCACACGUCUUUGCUUGAGAGCAAUAUUGAAAAUAUGGCAACCAACGGAUCGGCACCCUGCCUCGGGACUUCACAAGAUGAUCAAGUACUACAGGCAGAUCAGGACUGUCAAGUGAAACCCAAGCCACUCUUACUUAAGUUGUUGCACUUUGCUGGAGCACGAAGUGAAACCUUCACAAUAAAGGAGGUAAUGCACUACUUGGGACAGUACAUAAUGGCUAAGCAGUUGUAUGAUGAAAGACAGCAACAUAUAGUACAUUGUUCUGAUGAUCUGCUGAGUCACUUGUUUGGAGUGCAGAGCUUUUCAAUUAAAGAGCCACGAACAUUAUAUGCCAUGCUGUCAAAGAAUUUGAUAUCGGUGGGCCACGAAGAUUCUAUAAAUGAUCUCAAUCUUGGAAAGAUUACCAACCAGCUUGGGGGUGAAGAUUGUCUCGUGACAGUGAUUCCAAAUGAUGGGAAUGCUUGCACAUCAUGCAAUGUUUCCUGUUCUCCUGCUGCAGGCAGAAGAUCCAAUUGCAGUGACUCUGAUAACGAUGCCUCACCUGAUGAGCAGUUUCGUACUAGACGACGAAAGCGGCAUCGAUCUGAUAGCAUUUCCCUCCAUUGGGAUGAUCUGUCUUUGUGUCUGAUAAGCAAGUUGCGUCGUGAGCAUGGAAACAGUGAAUCGUCUGAUUCUCCCAGCCAUCUGGAUAUUCAUAUUGGUACAGAAGGUGAAGAUUCCAGCGAUAAGUUUAGUGUUGAGUUUGAAGUUGAAUCAGUUCACUCUGAAGAUUAUAGUGAUUUCAGUGAGGAUUCACAAGACCAAAGUGACAAAGAGAUUUAUGAAGUUGCCAUUUUUGAAGCUGCUGACAGUGAUGAGAGCACUUUUGUUGAAGAAAUUGAUCCAGAAAUAUCUGAAGCUGAUUAUUGGAAAUGUUCCAGAUGUGAAGAGCUGAAUCCUCCAUUGCCACGCCAUUGUCAUCGAUGCUGGUCUGUGCGCCAAGAUUGGCUUCCUGAUAAACCUAAACUUCAGCAUUUUGACAAGAUGCAGGAUGAAGGUAUUGAUGUUCCUGAUUGCAAGAAACCACCACUUGAGUCAAAGAAAUCAAACUGUUCGGAUUUAAUCAGUGAGGUCUCUCAAUGCUCAGAGUCACAAGAAACUGAGUGCUCGGAACCUUCUACUUCUGGUAGCUUCAACUGCUGCAGCCAGGAAAUUGAAAAAGAAAGUACAGGCAAGGGAGAGAAAGGCGAGUUAAGCCCUGUGGGACCUCUGGAGGCUUGUGUUAUAUGUCAGGCACGACCAAAGAAUGGUUGCAUUGUUCAUGGUAGGACUGGCCAUCUUCUCGCUUGUUACACUUGUGCAAGGAAACUGAAAAAAAGAAACAAACCAUGUCCGUUGUGCAGAGAGCCAAUCCAACUGGUUGUAUUGACCUACUUCAGUUAAAUGUAAUUAUUUAUUUAUUGGUUUACAUUUAACUUUUCUUGAGGUGGACACUACUUCCAAAAAAGUAAAUUUCUGAUUGCUACAAUUUGAAGUAACAAACUAUAUGUUGGCCAAGGUUUUAAAUAAUACCACACUUUGUCAAGCAAUCCAUCCUUUGUUCCAUUAUAUUUAAUUAGGUGCUUUCUAAUGCUAACAUUCUUUCAAAAUGAACUUAUGCAAAUGUUUGGCUACCUCUUCACUUCUUCAUCCUAGUGUUGGAGAAUCCUUGUGGAGUAAUAAGAACUUACUGAAGAAUGUGAUUUUCUAUUUAAUAGGAUUUCAUGUAUUAAAAGUUCCCAUUUUAACUGUGUAAUUUCCUCUUCAACUGGGUUACAUAAAUUUCUUGCUUUCAUCUGUUAUGAUAGAUGAUUAUUUAUACAAAAAUAUUGAGCUAUCUUUCUUUAUUUGUUUGCACAGUUCAAUUGAGAAUAAUUAUACAAUGAAAAUCUGCUAGUCCCUUGCUAGAUCUACAGGUUAGCUUGUACAGAUGUACAGAUUUGUAUAGUGUGUUGCAUGCACUAGGGCAGUUCACGGUCAAAUGAAGUAUAUUUGAACUUUAGUUUUCUGUUAUGUAUAAAACUAUAAUUUAUU